UACAAGAAAUUAUUUCCAGAGAUGAGAUUCAUGUAAUGAGUGAAGAACAGAUAUUUGAGGCUGUGAUGAUUUGGGUAAAAAAAAAUAUAGAGGAACGGGCUGAAUUGUUGCCGGAACUGUUAACGAAAGUUAGAAUGCCAUUACUCACUCCUCAUUACUUAACUGAUCGUGUCGCUACUGAGGAACUUAUAAGAACAUCUCAUAGAUGUAGAGAUCUUGUGGAUGAAGCAAAAGAUUAUCAUCUCAUGCCCGAAAGAAGACCGCUUCUCCAGAGUUUCAGAACGAGACCACGCUGUUGUCCAGAUAUAGUUGGAUUGAUUUAUGCUGUAGGUGGACUCACAAAAGCAGGCGAUUCAUUGAGUACAGUGGAAGUUUAUGAUCCAAAAGUGGAGAGAUGGCAGAUGGCAGAAGCCAUGACCAUGUUGAGAAGUCGUGUUGGUGUUUCUGUUAUGCAUAACAAACUGUAUGCUAUCGGCGGCUACAAUGGCAGCGAGAGACUCAGCACCGUUGAAGUCUUUGAUCCUAAUUCCAGAACAUGGAGUAAAGUUGCAUCUAUGAACUGUAAAAGAAGAUGGACUAUGGUGACCAGUAUGUCCAAACAUCGCAGUGCAGCAGGAGUGGUGGCUUUCGAAGGACACAUUUAUGCAUUGGGUGGACACGAUGGACUUUCUAUCUUUGAUUCCGUGGAGAGAUACGAUCCUCAGACAGGUCAAUGGACUCCCAUGGCACCCAUGCUGACGAAACGGUGCAGAUUGGGUGUUUCUACUCUGAACGGCAAGAUAUAUGUGUGCGGUGGGUACGACGGCUCUACCUUUUUGCAAACAGCGGAAGUGUAUGAUCCGCUGACUAAACAAUGGAGUUACAUUUCACCUAUGAACGUAAUGCGUAGCAGGGUGGCCCUAGUGACUAACUGUGGGAAACUUUAUGCCAUAGGAGGAUACGACGGAGUGUCGAACCUGAGCACGGUUGAAGUAUACAAUCCCGAACUAGACCAAUGGAGUUUUAUGGCAGAAGCCAUGACCAUGUUGAGAAGUCGUGUUGGUGUUUCUGUUAUGCAUAACAAACUGUAUGCUAUCGGCGGCUACAAUGGCAGCGAGAGACUCAGCACCGUUGAAGUCUUUGAUCCUAAUUCCAGAACAUGGAGUAAAGUUGCAUCUAUGAACUGUAAAAGAAGAUGGACUAUGGUGACCAGUAUGUCCAAACAUCGCAGUGCAGCAGGAGUGGUGGCUUUCGAAGGACACAUUUAUGCAUUGGGUGGACACGAUGGACUUUCUAUCUUUGAUUCCGUGGAGAGAUACGAUCCUCAGACAGGUCAAUGGACUCCCAUGGCACCCAUGCUGACGAAACGGUGCAGAUUGGGUGUUUCUACUCUGAACGGCAAGAUAUAUGUGUGCGGUGGGUACGACGGCUCUACCUUUUUGCAAACAGCGGAAGUGUAUGAUCCGCUGACUAAACAAUGGAGUUACAUUUCACCUAUGAACGUAAUGCGUAGCAGGGUGGCCCUAGUGACUAACUGUGGGAAACUUUAUGCCAUAGGAGGAUACGACGGAGUGUCGAACCUGAGCACGGUUGAAGUAUACAAUCCCGAACUAGACCAAUGGAGUUUUGUGGCUUCUAUGUGGGCACACGAGGGUGGGGUAGGUGUGGGAGUAAUACCUGUUUUAUAAAUUUUGAUAGAAUAUGCAUAAAAUUUAAUUAAAUGUUCAAUUUUUUUAAAAUAUCGAGCAUAAAAUUAUGUCAUUCGAUAUUUUUCCGAAUAUUAAGCUAUUACAUCGAUUAUAAAUAAUUUUGCCAUAACGAGUAUUGUUAAAUAUUUGUACAUUGUUAUAGGUAUUUAAAUAUAUAUAUAAAUCAUGCUAUAUAUUAAAUAGGAACAAUAAAUUUAUAUUCAUACAUUGUUCACAUUUAAUAUAUUGUUAAUUCGAUUGUAGUUUUUCUUC